CCCUUUUGCUUAGUCUUCUGAGUUAUCCUUCUAAUUUGCAUUGUUAAAAGCUAAAUAUUUCUUAAUUUGCUAGUUUUUGUAAAGCUUUGAACUUUUUAUUCAUAGUUUUGGAUACCCUUUUGCUUAAUCUUAGUAGGUCUUUUGAGCUGACCUUCAAAUUUGCAUUGAUUUCUUAGCUACAUAUUUAUUGAUUUCUAAGCUACAUAUUUUAUUGAUUUGCUAGUUUUGUUGAGGUUUCAACUUUUUGUUCAUAGUUUUGCACACCAUUUUGCUUAAUUCAGUGGGUCUUUUGAGUUAAAACCUUCUUUUGCAUUGAUUUCUAAGCUACAUUUUUUCUUGAUUUGCUAGUUUUGUCGAGCUUUGAACUUUUUAUUCAUAGUUUUGGAUACCCUUUUGUUUAAUUGUAGCGGGUCUUUUGAGUUGAACCUCUUUGCAUUGAUUUCUAAGAUACUACCUUUAUUUUCUUGCAUUAUUUUGUACUGAAACUUGCAAGUUUUUUCCCUUUUUGUGUCCUUAUGGGCAAGUAAUCUGUACUUACAAAAGUUUUUGCAUUUAGUUCUUUUGGACUUUCAUUGGCUUUCUUGUUGUUAUUCUUCAUUUUUCUAGUAUUUUCCUUAUUUUUAUUUUCAAGGAUGGGUGGUUAGCUAAGGUGGGUGGUUUGGAUUUGUGGGUUUGAAAGUUUUUUUUGUUUCAAUUCUCUUGCAGAAAUGGUGGAAGUUGAAUAGUACAUCCCGUAUUGAACCUAUUUUUUCUUGAAAGUUGAAAUCUUUAUCUUAUUCUGAACUUUUUUGGUGUACUUCAAUUGAAAUGGAUCUAUGCUAUCGAGUAUUGAUGUAUUUUCAUAGCUAAGUUAGGCUUCUACGGACACUUUGGAUCUUGAUCAAAAGCUAGUUUAUUCACACUGCCUAAGAGUUCUUUGAGAAAUCUAAAUCAUUUGAAGUUUACUAUGGGUCUAUGUGGAAUCUUGGCCUCAGAUUUUGGCCAAUGGUUAUUGAGAUCUUAGCAAUUGGGGUUCUUUACAGUUAUUCCCGAGAAGUUAUAUCCAAGCUCUUCAACAAGCGUCUUUUCUGUUAAAUGAAAUGCUUGAUAGUCAUCCAUCUUCUUAUCGGCAUGUUUUAUAUUACCUCUUUUGCGCAUUUAUUCUAAGCAUUUUAUAUGGCGAUGAUUCUGAUUUGUAAGGAAUAUACUAGCUGGUACUUAACUUACUUCAUAAUAGAAUUCAAUUAUCAUAACAGGUUAAAUGGUAGAUAGCAGCAUGAUUGAGUUGAGCACAUGGAGGGAUUGAAAAUUUGGAUUACAUGUGACAUCAUAUAAAUUUGGAUGCUUUUGUUUGGACUUCCAAAAUUAAUCCUUUUACCUUCUGGUUGCUGAGAGCGCUGUGAUUUGUCUGACCAGUUCUAAGUGAUGGGUUCAUAUUCGGGUAGCUGUGAAAUUAUAGAGGCGAAAGAUGAGCUGGAUUUGUUUCAACGUUCUGAAAGGUCUCCUCAAGUACGAGAACGAGGCAGAAAACAGAAGCCUCCUUUGGUUAGAAAAGGACCUAAUAAGUUUUUAGAGGAUGAUAUCAAUCAUCUUUUUGAAUCCAUCAAUCUAAGAUCGUCAAAGAGUCUUGAUUUGUCGGAUCACGUGAGAAGAGAUGCCUCGAAAAGGCCAAUGAGGGGCGGUGGAUCUCAUUCUCCAGGAAUUGGGUUUUCCGAGCCAGUUUCUCUAAAGCAGGCCUUACGGGGUUUAUGCAUUUCGCAGGCGGCAGAAAUGGCUACAAUGAAGCGGUUAUCCAAGCCACCGGGUUCUCCUAGCGUUUUAGACCCUGGAAGGAUUACAAGCUCUUACCGGUUUGCAGAUACAAGUGAAAGACUAGUACAAGAUGAAAGCACUUCAGGAAUAUUCAACAAAGUGCCGCAUUACCACCAAGAACUGUAUGUUAAAUCAGCAAACCAUAGUCCCCAUUCUUCUCCACGACUUGUUGUUAAGCCAUCCAUCUCAAUGCGCCAAAAUAACAGAAUAGUGCCAGCAGAAAGCUCGUCUAACUCUCUUCAGUCACCAGGUCAAAGUACCCUUUGUUCUCCUAAAUAUGUUAAUAAACAGACUAUUAAGAGUACAGAGUCCAUUGCCAAGCAAAACGAGAGAAUUUUUCCCGAAGAAAAUGUCCCAAACUCCGGUAAAAAAGUUUCUCAACAGCUUACACAAGCCAAGGUGAGGUUACCAAACCAAAACACUUUAUCUUCACCUAGACUUGUUGAUAAACUAGUUAUUAUGUCUGCUGAGUCAACUGUGCGGCGAAAAGAGAGGGUGGUGCCAGCAGAAAGCACGUCAAGCACUUCACAGAAGAUGUCUCGAUUACCAGACCAAAGUUUACUGUCUUCUCCUAGAUUGGUUGAAGCACCGAUUAUUCUGAGUUCUAACUCCCCUCGCCAGAAAAAGGAGAAUUCGUCUUUGUCGAAGCAUCAUGAGAUUACAUCACCACGAACUGUGUCAAAUAAGGAAGAAGUCCCAACUUCAGCUGCAUCCUCAUCUUCAUUUACCUCUGGUAAUGAUAAGCAUAAUCCCGGUAGAAGUGUGGAUACAUCAUUUAGAAUAGCGAACAAAAAAGCUCCUAAGCUGAGAAGAAAAGCCGUGUUGCAAAAUGUCUCUUCAUCCAGUGCCACGAGAAACAACAAGGAGAGCAAAUCAAAGCCAGCAGUCAAGAACAAGACCCUUGUCAAGAAGAAAGCAAAACCGGAAGCAACAGUAACAUCCGGCACUUUAAAUCUCACCUAUGAAGCAAAUGGUCCAAUGGAAUCACCUAACCAACUUGUCUGUCAAAAAUGUCAAUGUGCUCUCAAGAAUGUGGGAAACGAGUCUGGUAAGGAACCUGCAAUUCAAGGUUCUGGAUGUACAGCCACCGGAGCAAGUGAAAAUAGCAAUAAAUAUCAUGCUACUAAACCAGGCUUCGGCAAUAAUGGCCCAGUCUUGAAAGUCAACAAGGCAUCAAAAUCUAGAGAGCAAGGGGACUUUUCUCAGAGCUCAAAGAGUAGUAUUGGUGAUUACAGUUGUAGCACGACUAUCAGUGACGAGAGCAAUUUAAGUGGGUCCAGUACCGGCAAUAGGCCCCACAUGUCCAAAGAUGGAAGGUGGGAGGCUAUCAAUCAGGUGAGGAAACGUCACGGAUUCUUAGGGUUAAGUCAUUUCAAUUUAUUGAAGAAGCUCGGUUGCGGAGACAUUGGCAGAGUGUAUCUCGCUGAGCUGCUGGAAACUAACUGCUUAUUUGCAAUAAAAGUUAUGGAUAACGAAUUUUUGGCGAGAAGGAAGAAGCUUCCGAGGGCACAAACGGAAAGGGAGAUUUUGAGACUGCUAGAUCACCCUUUUCUACCGACCCUCUAUGCGCAGUUUACAUCAGAUAAUUUAUCAUGCUUAGUUAUGGAGUUUUGUCCAGGUGGUGAUUUGCAUGUACUCAGGCAGAAGCAACCGGGCAGAAAUUUUCCUGAAGCAGCAGCACGGUUUUAUGUUGCUGAAGUCCUCCUUGCUCUGGAGUAUCUACAUAUGCUUGGAGUCGUAUACCGGGAUUUGAAACCAGAAAACCUACUAGUCCGGGAAGAUGGUCACAUCAUGCUUACUGAUUUUGACCUUUCACUCAGAUGUUCAGUUAACGCCACUCUUCUAAAAUCAUCUUCACUGGGAGUAGAAGCCCCACGGAUCUCUGGUCCAUGCGCAGGAUCCAACUGCAUUGAUCCUUUUUGUGCGGGACCCUCAUGUCAAGUUUCUUGCUUUAGCCCUCGAAUUUUACCUGCCAAUGCACGAGCAAGAAGGGUAAAAGCGGAAGCUGCAUCUUUUAAAAGAUCAUUGCCUCAGCUUGUUGUAGAGCCAACAGAAGCGCGGUCCAAUUCGUUUGUUGGUACACAUGAAUAUUUGGCUCCUGAGAUCAUUAAAGGUGAGGGCCACGGGAGUGCUGUUGAUUGGUGGACCUUAGGUGUUUUUCUUUACGAGCUUUUAUAUGGGAAGACACCGUUUAAAGGUGCCGGAAAUGAAGAAACUUUAGCUAAUGUGGUCAUGCAGAACCUUAGAUUUCCCGAUAGCCCGCUUGUUAGUUUUCAGGCGAGGGAUCUAAUAAGAGGGCUUCUCAUGAAGGAGCCUGAGAGUCGAUUGGGAACGGAAACCGGAGCUGCUGAGAUUAAACGACAUCCCUUCUUCGACGGCCUGAACUGGGCAUUGAUACGUUGUGCCAUUCCACCAGAAGUACCUGAACUUUGUGACAUUGGAUUUCCAGAAGUAGCUUAUCAGGAGAAGAGCAAAAUGUUUUUAGAGUAUAGUUCCAAAGGGCAUUUAGAAUUUGAGCUGUUCUAGACUUCUAGUAAAGCUCUCUGUAUCACUAUAUGGUUAGGAUGUAUCCUCGGCAUCCACCCCUUGUAAUUAUACGCAUGUCAUAUAAAAUGCUGAGAAUAUGGGAAUUUUCUUCCACAUCACAAGAAUGAAAGUUACAUAGCAUGCCCGA